UGGUAUCAACGUGCUGUAAACACUGCCGCUAUGGGACGGUUGUAACAUGUACACGUGUAUCUGUCUUGUAUCAAUAUUUCACUGUGCCGAGGUUAAAUAGAUUUAAAAGUCAUCUAUUACACCAUGUUAAUGUCGCCAUGUGUUCUCCUUAAGAAUAGUCAACUUGAUACUUUCUUUCGGAUAUUCCUCUUCCAAAUGUGAAGACACAGAAGAACCACCAUGGCAAUGUUUGCCAUUCUCCUGUUGUUAACCGCACUUUGGACAGGGGAGGUAACCUCGUACACAGCGUGUAAAAACGCAACGCAACACUUCCAGGGUUACACCUAUACGAUCGACCCGGUGACGUCAGAAAAGGUGUGGUCCCACUGUAAGUUCCAUAAUCCUAGGUUCGACGCCCUUCUGUGUGGGAUAGAGGGAUCGACCGACCAACACUAUAUAUGUGAUCCCGACAAACUUAUUACGUCACAAGUUCUUGCCGUGGAUAGAGCGCUUAAGGCCAUUCAGACACAGACGUCCACACAGUGUACAGCGCCGAAUGGAGAGGUACAGAGCUUCAUCGUUGCCAUGGCGCUCAUCAACCGAAUCCGAAUUCCAGAUUUCAACGAUCCUGAUAUCUGCAUCAACGAUUGUGGUCAGAUCCAACCAGUCCUUAACUCUUCGCCAGGGGAGAUAACCAGUGCACAAAAGAACAUUAUAAUGGAAAACUUCGCCACUUACCUCAGAACGGAAUGGGGCAUGGGUGCAUGCGGAAAUGACGUCAUUCUCCUCUACUGUCAGGAAUUCGAUUUGCUGUACGUGUCCGUGGGUUACGGAGCCGGAAAUCUCGUCACCUCCGCCGUGAUCGCUGACAUAGUGUCCACAUUCGGUUCAUAUAAGGCCGGGGGAAACAUCGCCGAGGGACUAUUUGUUAUCUCGGAGAAACUCCGCGUCACACUGCGUAGUGUUACACCGGCUCACAUCCUUCUGAUCCUGAACAUGAUCGGGCUUACACUGCUAGGGAUUUUUCUGUUCUUUUUCCUGUAUUUGCGUGACCUUGAGUAUAACGUAUGGGGACGGGAGGGUGUUUGGUGCGUGCUGGGGGAGAUGGUGUAUUGGCUGUCUGGGGCGUGGAUCUUCCACGGUCUCCUCUACUUUGUCAUCUAUACUUCCUUAAAGGCGCCAUAUGCCGGGAUUCUCGCGGCCCUUCUCGCCGGUGUUGUCAUGGUAGCCCUAUUUGUGUACGAAAACACGCUCUUCAAGAACCCCUCGAUUCUCUCAACAUCGAACUCGACCAUUUAGACAGUAGCCCGGCAAUAUUGGGAACCGUCGGCACUUUCCGUAAAUGAAAAAUUACGCCGGUUCCCGCUGAGUAGCCCGGAUGUAACAGACAUCUUGUGACUGACAUCCGGUUGUGUCAUGACCUUUCUAUUUUGGGAGAUCAUGGUAAAAGCUGUGGAGUACACUUAUAGUGACAUUGCAAGUCUAUGGUAAUCAUGUUAGUUCGGACCUCGGAGAUCCUAAUACACAGUAACAUCUUAUAAUCCGGAAUUUCGAUAAAGGUCUCACACAAUUUUAAUAAGCGAAUCCGCAUGUGUUUUAUACGAUUUUAAUCCCUACCUAAAAUCUUUGUUCUGGUUUGAUACAGUGCCUCCGAGUAAUUUAAAUAGGUAAUUGUUGACAUAUUUUACAUUGAAUGAAAUCUACAGAUAAUUGAAUUUUAGAAAAAUGUAUAGUUUUAGUAGAUUUUAAAAUUGGAUGGCUGAUUGAUGUGGGGUCGAAUGUCAUGGGGUUUUUCCCGUCCCACUUCACAGGUUUGGCUUGUAAACUUCUGGUUGUCAAAAGCAGACGCCUGUAGCGCUCUUAUAUGCCACUAAACUCACCAAAAAUUGCCUUUUGAAGCAUUUGUCAGGUAUAUGUAUCUGUGAAUCUAGAUAGUAUUAAGGCUAUUAGCUCAAAAGCUUAGUAAUAACAUAUAGUAAAUGAUUUAGUUGUGUGAGUCCUAAACAUAUAUAUAUAUACAUAUGGUUAUCUUGAUAGGCCGGGCUCUGGUAGUCCAGGUUUGUAAAGUGCCUAACUCUUUAAGCUGUGUAUAUGAAGUGCUUUCAACUAUAUUUUGUACAUUUUAAUUGCCUAACUUAAGUUAUAAAUUUAAAGUGCCUAACUUAUAAUGCCUAGUUUGUAUAUAUGAGCCUUUUUGCUGACCUUUAGUUUUAUACAUAGUGCUGGACACUACGAAUACAAAAACGUAUAUUUUACAGAAAUAAAAUUUCUCUUUCCUU